AUGUCAGCAGACACGGAUUCGAGCGUAUAUUAUCCCCCUGGGAAGAAUCAAGUUGCCAGUACGGCCCCAAACUCAAACGAUAUGUCGCCACCCUAUACGAGAACAAAAGAAAAGGGGAAGCAACGCGCGGUCAACCUAGAGUCACUGUCCUUUCCGACCUCGUCGACAAACGGUGCAGAGCAUGACCCACAGACAAACUCCUAUCUCUUGGCUGUCCCAUCCGCCGCUGGUAGCACAGAGGUGACACCCACAGCAAACUCCAUGAAAUCACCGCCUCGGCCCCCACAGCGCUCGCCCCUUCGGUCAGGACAAUCCUCCCCCCGCCGCCGACCUGUAGAACCGCCUUCGUCGGGUAAUGAGCCGGCCACUGUCGAACAAUCACGCCCCAUCCCGCGCCAGCGUACGGACAGCUCAGCGGCGGCCCGGGAAAGACGACGGGAGGCAUACAAGUCUGGCAUGUCCUUUGUCAGUCUCUACGAAUUAUAUUCGGAACCACCACUUCCACCAGUCCCGGUCCCCGCACUUCCAUCCCUAGAUCGCACGAAACUCGUGGCUGCGGAACAGGCGUCGGUCAAGAGAGCGCGCUCAGGAUCAACGGCGUCCAUCGGGACGAGUCGGGAGAGAAAGACUUCUGUGCAAACCUCGGCGACUAUUGCUUCUAGUCACGGUAGAGCCCGCAGCGGGUCGUCUGCAGAGUCCCCACUGAGAAGCCAGCCGCAUGCAUUACGUCCCUCAAAAGAUGCCCCCUCGGGUGUGGCUGAUUCUCCAACCUCCUUACGUUUGGGUAAUACGACGAUUUCAUCGUCCAUUCUCACCGUUCAACCGACCCCAUCGCUCGCAGAGAGUGCACCGACAAAGUCGAAGCGACAACAUGUCCUGUUCGAGAUCCUCGAGACAGAGAGGAUAUACUCCAGCGACAUGGCUCUCGUCAGGGCUGUUCAUUUACCGCUUGCUCUCGGGAUGAAGAUCGAACUCGGACCAAUGGGUCAAGUCGCUUCGUCUGCACGGUCAAGUGCGGCGGACGGAAACGUUGAUAUCGGCCCAUCGCGGAGCUCUGGUAUCUCCACCAAUACCGCAAGUUCUACUCAAUCACAAUCUGGCUCCAGCACUUACCCAGCUUCACCUGGGCAUUCACUUGGAAAUGAGCCACCCAUGUCCGUGGAAGACGCCAAGGUCAUCUUUGCAAACCUGGAUGAGCUUGCAGAAUUCACAGGAAGGUUCACUGAAUUCAUUCAACUUGCACUCGGCUCGGAGAUUGAGGGAGGCGAAGGACCUGACAGGAUCGGUACACUCUUUUUGCAAAUGCUUCCCAUAAUGGCCCCCAUAUACGAAACAUACAUUACCAAGCAUUCGGCCUCAAUCGCCAGACUUACUACACUUACAACCGAGAACCCCAGUCCAGCAAUGCUCCAAUAUAUUGAGCAUACAAAAGCCAUUGCAUCUACCCAUUCAAACUCGUGGGAUCUCAAUUCACUGCUCAUAAAGCCCAUCCAACGAUUUCUCAAGUAUCCUCUCCUCCUAGAGACAUUGGUCGCGUCCACACCAGAUGAUCAUCCGGACAAGCCAGAUUUGAUUCGAGCCAAGACGGCCAUGGUCGAAGCCAGUCGCCUGGUUAACGAACAAACGCAAAAGGUGGAGAUUUGCCGAACGAUCUUGCAGCGCAAGCCGCUCAAGGGACUAUCUGCAGUCUUCUCAACCGGUGCACCAAACUCGCAGCAACUCAAAGUCAAAGGCUCCAAGUCGGUAUUUGCAGUCACAAAAUCCAAGGAGCCAGCACCGAGCACUACUGCUGCUGCCGCCGCGACUGCAACGACUUCAUCGUCACCAUCCGUCACGCCGUUUGAUGCCGUAUUUGACCCAAUUCAGCUGGAAAACCGUCUGGUUGAACAUGCUAGCGGAGGUGCCGCCGGCUUGGAAGAGCUCAUCAAGCACUUGCAGGGGUUCGAAACUAUACUCCCUCGGUAUCUGCGAGACGUUGUCAAUUGGGUGCGCGAGGUGCGCAAUACAUUGACAAGACUCGAAAAGUGGGCCGCGGCGUUUGAGAGGGUGAUCUCGCUGGAGGACAAUGGGGGUAUCGAAGCAUUAGAUGCAUUUAGGGGAGUGCUGACGGAUCGUCUGGGCCCGAUUUUGGAUGGCUUGGAAAUCGCCGUUCGCAGCACACUUGCACCCACUCUCACCAAGAUCCAGGACAGCAUGAAAGGUCCGACACUGCUGCUGAAUACGGCUGCAAGUUUGCGAACAGUACACAACCAAAUGAUGAAUACACCAUACAUCAGCAAAACAAAUCGCCCAUCUCCACAGAUGAUCGAAGGUUCCAAGACCUACCUUGCGCUCAUGCAGCAGCUAAGGACGGAUCUACCUGUCUAUGUUCGUCACCUGGACCGCAUGUUUGGCUAUGUCAUUCUGCAAGUCGCAAAGUGGCAAGAAAGAUGGUAUCGAGAAGUUGGACAUGCGUGGGGGGAUCUCUGGGCGGCAUUGGAGGUUGGACCUGGCAGUCGACGAGAGUACCGGGCAAGGCGGCAUAAGGAACUGACGAGCAAAAAGGGUUCAAAGCCGUCAGAGCCAGAAUCUUCGGAGCAACGUCGUGGAGCGUAUGGAUGCAGCGGAGACGAGACGGCAGCCAUCUGGUGGGAUCGAUGGGAGGAGGUCAACCUUGCUAUUGCUGCCUUGGGGGUUCCCUCUGGCGGUGCUCUACAAGGCGUGCGGUCGCUUCAAGGCUUGAUGAAGAUCCCCCAAUCCUCUGCUGGGUCCUACUUCCCACAGCCCAUAUCCGAGCCUUACCAGACCCCAACGUUUGACGGGAGGACGAUUCCUGAAGACAUAAAGGAUGAAGAGUUCGGGACACCCUCCUGGAUAUUACACACCGGCGGUGGCACAGACUGCUCCCCCGCGACGGCCAUCGCGACCUGCGAUUCAGACGCGUUCAACUACAGAGAUGCCGAUGAGUCAAAGUUUGAGUGUAUCUUCGCCUACACGUUCGCAUGCGAUCAACUCUUUCCUUCCGGCAGCUCACAGGGCAAGCCGCGUCCGACAAACGGUAAGACGGUCAGCUUCUUAUCAGAGACGACAUCUGGUGAGUCAGCAGAGUCGUCGAGCCGUGUCCCGCGGGAGGUAAACAUGAGCUCGUCUCAGCGCACUCGAACCAAGUCUCACGAGCGCGAUUAUGCGACGGGUUCAACUCGCUUGGAGGGAGCUUGGCAGAACAACGACACUGACCGAGCAAAGACGUUGCCUCGAGGUACUUCGUUCCGUCGACGGUUGUCGGAGAACAUGUGGUCUGGAGAAGGAAACGAGAAGAGCGCACCUCCUGAGAGCAAGGGGGUAAAAGGAGGGCUGGAUAUUGACCCAGAGGAGUUGGAGGCUGCAGUUGCGACGACGCAUGCUCGUGAGGAACGCGAAGCAGAGUUGGUUGGUAUUGGCAUACGAGAGGGGGUUGUUCCACGACCUGGACUUUCGUCAUCCACUUCUGCGCCGGCAGUAAAUGGCAACGGACCUACAAGGCAGCUUUCGCAGUCGACAUCGAACAAUGCGCUGCGAAAGAAGAGGCCUACGCAUACGCGCGAGACAACGACAUCGUCGAGUAUGGAUCUUUCGUCUCAUAUUCAUGUCGAUCUCCCACCUUCGAGGCAGAACCAGCAACAGACGCAACCGCCACCGCAAAGGCAAUAUUCGUCGCAGCAGCCGACACCCUUUUCGUCGUCUUCAUCUUUACAAGUCGUGCCAGAGUACCCUGCGGCAAGACCACGACCUGGGUAUUUGGGACGGACGAGACAAGUCGUGUCAGAGUACAGUCCCAAUAUGCGACCCUCUUCGUCGCUCUCGCUCCUUGCAGAUGCAGCUGGCCUGGGUGAACCGUCGUCAUCCAAGACGAGCCUCAAUCGAUCGUCUGCAGGUGGGAGUCGGUCCACGGCAGCGUACAGCAUGGCCAGCAAUCUCGCUGGUGCAAACCUGCUGAGCGACGACGCGCCGAUCCUGUUUACAUGCACGGCGGUGGCGAAUUUUGAUGCGGGCGGAUUCCGGUAUGCUGGACUGCCGUUUUUGGAAUUGGAGAUUGGAGACGUGGUGAAUAUUGUCAAGGACUGCGGACGGCCUGCGCAGCACCCCGACUUGAAGCCCGUCGUGUCGGAUGGAAUCGACACGCUGUUUAUUGGGAAGCGCGUGCCGGAUGGAGGAGAUUCGCCCGAGAUUGGGUGGCUGUGGGCGAGUUUUGUGAUGCCAUUGGAGAUGUAG